CCGUAGAUAAUGAGAUGUGGCCUUUGAUGGGGUCAAUGUAUGAGCUUAUGAGAAUUAUGAGACAGGGGAUAAUGACUGCAAUCCCCACUUCGUAUCAGUGGGUGAUCAAUAUCAUCGAUCGUCGAUGGAUUGGGACUCUCAAGCAUCCACUCCACCAAGCUGGUAAGUUUGUUGAUACAACCGAGUACUUUAAGCAUCACUUCUGUUUGCAUGUUAAUACAACUGAGUAACUAAUAUUUGCGUUUCAGCAUACUACCUGAAUCCCAAAUUUCAUUAUAAACAUCGGCUCCAUGAGAAUCAGGAUUUGAUAAUAGCUGUCCACGAGGUGUUCGAACGAUUGUUACCAGAAUCAACAGCGCAAGUAGAUUUCGGUAACCAGGUAAUGCAAUAAAAUUUCUUCCUUAUAGCCUCUAGAAAUAUGGGUGAUUAAAAAUAAUGAUCUGUGAAUCCGUGUUUACAGUUGUUGCGGUUUAGGGAUGCGAGGGGUACGUUCUCAUCCGCACUAGCAAAAACAUCGACUGAAACGAUGAUGCCGUGUGAGUGGUGGGCGAUGUACGGAGUCGACACGCCCGCAUUGCAGUUAUUGGCAGUCCGUGUUCUCGCACAAACUGUAUCCUCCUCACCGUGUGAGAGGAAUUGGAGCACAUCGUCACUCAUACACACCAGCAAGAGGAACAGACUAGCAUAUGAGAAGCUACAAAAGCUCGUUUACUGCUAUUACAAUAUGAAGUUAAGAGAGAGGCAGUUGUGGGUAGAUCGAGACAUGGAGGAAAAUCAAGACCCGUUAGACCUAUUGUCUAUAGGUAACAUGGCACAGAUAGGUGAUGAUGAUGAGGACCCACUUUAUGAGUGGCUCAAAUCAGCUGAUUUAGAUGAUGCGGAUGGAGGCCCUGCUCCACAGGUAGCCGAGGGAGCAGCAGCUCUGGGUAUCGAUGUCGAUCAGGUAGUAGAGGAAUAGAAGGUGGAUACAGACUCCUUUGAUCCUUUCGUGAGGCGUUCGGUACGUUCCAAUGAGAGUGAGGAAGCAUCUUCACGGCCCCCUCCUCAUCAUCAAGUCGUAAUGAGUGAUGAUGAUGAUGAGACUCAACCCCCACUUGACACUGGUCCUGGGGACGACGACGACGACGAUGACAACAGUGAUGAGGGAGGGGAAGGAGGCACCGACACUAGUAUAGGUGGUACUAGUGGGGGUGGGGGUGGCAGUGGUGGGGGGUACACAACGGCUCAGAGCCAACGAUCCGUUGGCCAGUUCACUAAGGAGCAGAGCUUUGACCAUGCCACUCAGGACGAGGAUCAUGGAUCUCGUCCACCAUCCAGGGCGAGAGCAUCAGAGCCCAGAUAUAUGUUCGAGCGUCGUUCGAAGAAGAAAGCCGGACUCGCCGCAGCUGAUGCUCUCACACGCAACUUGUCAUCUAUGGACAUAAGUUCAGAUCAGGGGAGCUCCACCUCUGUCCCACCUUAUGCUCAUGGGGGAUAUCACGGGUAUGGCCAUGACGGCUCUGACAUUCAGUCACGCUCUUCUACCCAUGGGUACAGGCAGCCGGAAGAUAGUUCUUCGAGUCAUGACCCUUUGACAGGAGGAUAUUCGGGGUACUUGUAUGACUGGCAGCAAUACUAUCAAGGAGUCGGGGUUGGACUUGAUCUAUUCCCUCAGUACCCUGCUCAGGAAAUGUCGUCGAUGUAUGUCACACAAUUCUCACGUCUAGGCGUACUCGUACAGUUUGGGGAGGAUGACUAUCAGAGGUACAUAAGAGAGUUCCUUAAUUGGUACGAGCAAAGGAUGACCUGAGAAUAGUACUGCCAAUAUGUUGGGCAGCAGUACUACUCUCAACUGCCACGGGAUUUGAACAAUGAUUACGAGCCACCUCGUCACUCUAUGUGGGGAUGAAACAUGGCCAGAAAUGUGUAUUUUUUUCAAUUCAUUUACUUUUGCAUGUCUUAAUAGUUGUAAGCUUGCAUUUGUAUUAUAUAAACUAAUUUUGGUUA